UCAGGGGUGAGCAUCACUGGCAAUCGGAGGGUAAUUAGCCCAAAAGGCUUAGAACUACUUCAGUUAGAAUUGUGAAAUGGUAUUGCUUGACUUACGGGCUCGAUCGGCCAAUUUGAAAGCUGUCACGACUUGAAUCUUACAUGUCGAAAUGGAGAUAAACAACCAACGAUUCAGGGGCUCUAGGCGCAGCCCCCAUCGCAAACACCAGCGCCUCCCUUCGCUCAUACCAAAGCCCUCGAGGCUUCUCUCGAACGUAUUGGGGUUUCUCUUCCAGCCCAGUCAGCCCGGUCCAGAGACUCCGGACUCCGGACCCCGCAACGCCUCCCGUCCCUUGAAGGGGGGAGUCAUGAUAUCGUUCCGUCGAGGCCAUCAUCACGGCGCAUUAAGGGCCCGCCGCAGGAGCUAUAAGAUCAAGGGCUCUUUCAUCGAUGAUCCAAAAGCGGACGAGGAGGCCGUGGAGAAGAUCAAGGAGUUUCUUGCCGAGAAGGAUGGUAAGGCAAAGGAGGGUUCCAGGAGCUCCAAGAGUGCUAUGGCGCAAGGGUUGCCGGUAGCCGCCGACGGGGAGACAGUCGACGAAGGCAAAACAGCCCAAAAGCCACAAAGGCAAAGUCAAAAUCGCCAUCGCCUGCAGCUGCAGCGCCCGCCACGACACCAGCGACAGAGAGAGAGAGAGGCGUGUCGACAUCGUGGUAGGGGCGACAGGAUAGAAGUCGGCGAAGUGAAAUGUGUGGGAAUAAGGAGGUAACAUCACAGUCAUCACUCCGGUCGUCGCUACGGUUAUUCUGCAGGUUUGUUCAAAAUACCCAAUAUUCGACAUCUAUGUUAUUUUAUGGCCCAUCGUAAGUUGCGCCCGUUUUUCGUCAGACGAAUCAUCACCAUUUUGGGUCUCGGGCAUCUAAACUCUUCAUGAUGCGCAUGCCGUUGUGAAAAUUGUCGAGUUGGGCAGCUACAACUGGGUGGUGAUGGCCGCAAAUGGAGGUAACAACUCUACUGCGCGCACAAUCCGCUUCUGCUAUAGGUGGCACAUGACCUACUUUGCUAUCCUUGCCACUCCCCCUAACGACCGAAAAGGGGUGAAUAAACGUUGCAACGUCCCUAUUGGCUGCUGCCAGGCAGCUCAGGGGUUUACCCUCUAGGUAUCAGUGUCAUGUAUCGUCGGUACGUCAUCCCCUACCCCCUUAACGACCGG